AUGGAACGGGUUCAGGUCAGGCCGCGGAGCUUUCCCACGAACCUCAUCGAUAAGGACUGGGACAAUCGAAAGCUACUGCAUAGAAAAGAUUCGGAGAACUUUCUUCGCUUGGUGCACGAUAUGAAGCUCAGAGAUGACGAUGUCUGGAUCGUAACCCUACCGAAAUGCGGAACCACUUGGAUGCAGGAACUGCUCUGGUUGCUGCUCAACAACUGCGAUUUCGAGGGGGCGUUGGCCAAGGACCAGGAGCUGCGAACUCCGUUUCUCGAGUUCGGUUACUCCGUUUUUCAGGACCUGAACCGCUCAUUCGGGCCUAUCGAGGAACUGAAGUCCCCGCGACUGAUAAAGUCCCACCUUCCGCUUGCCCUCCUCCCCUCAAAACUUUGGGAGGGAAACAACAAAGUGAUCUAUGUGUCCCGUAGCCCCCUGGACUCCUAUGUCUCCCGAUAUUAUCACGGAGUAUCUUUUGGUUCCAAUUACGGGAAGUCACUGCACCAGUACUUCGAUGAGUGGUUGGCCUCUGAUGAUUUCCCCACGGAGUUCAUUGAACACGCCCAUGAGUUCUACCAACUGAGGAACGAGCCUUGGGUCUUUUAUACCAGCUUUGCAAUGAUGAAGAAAGAUCUGCGAGGAGUGAUCAACGAUGUCUCCAGAUUUCUGAAUAAACCCAUCAACGAUCAGCAAAUGGAGAAACUGCUUAAGCAUUUGUCCUUCUCGGAAAUGAAGAAAAAUCCCACCACGAAUCAUCUGUGGGAGUUGGCCCAAGUGCAACACGAAAAUGCUGGUAAAGAAGUUCACCCAUUCGUGAGACGUGGGGAUGUCAAUGGCUACAAGGACGAAUUGAAACCCGAACAAAUUGAGAAGGCCAAUGUCCGCAUACAAGAGGUUCUUGCGAAGAACGAAGUGACUUUGGACGAACUACUCCUCCUGAAAGAUCCGCCCUGUAUGGGAUUGUGUACCCAGCACACAAACAGUGGGGCAAUCACCCUCCGAAAUGGGCCAAAAGCACACCAACACCAGUGCAGCAGUGAAUGCACUCGCUGGCUGGUGUGUGUGCGUGUGAAAGUAGUGAAAGCUGAAAGCCGAGGGCGAACGGGGCCAAUACUUAUGCUUAUGCAAGGCAGCCGAGAGCCGACGCCACCGCCCCAAAGGGAUGCCAAAAACGGAAAACAGGCGACAUUCAUCGCAGGACGUGCGGCACGUGAAGUGUUCACUGUACUUCGGGACCGGAGGAUAAGUCAAGACGGCAACAGAGGAAGCUAUAUGAUGUGCGCCCCCCACUCGCUGCCCGUGACGUCACGACUGUUGCUUCUGGUGGUGACGCUGCUCUUCUGCCCCGUGCAGGCGCAUCUCUCGAAGCGAAGCUACUCGGAUCAGAGUGUCCACGGCUACAUGACCGAGCGCACCUGCUGGUGGAACGAGGUGUGCAAGGAGGAGUUCCAGAGCCUCUUCCGCUGCAAGUGCCCCCAAUUCUCCUACUGCCGCUCGCCGGGACGCUACUACAAUGCCUACUGCUCGAUGACGGACACCGGUUAUAUUUGGACCCAGCCGAACUGGGAUUGGGGGGCGUAGGAUGAAGCCGCUCCGGACUUUGCCCCCGCCACGCCCCCUCACAAACAACACAGCUCGCUGUGACGUCAAACACACUGACUGCCGACCAAACGCCUCCGCAGGCCAAACGAAAAUUAUUCCAGGAGGAUACCCACUCGGAGCCUCCUGCUCAGCCUCCAAAAUACUCUAGUGGAGAUGAGCUAGUCUCCCCCGUUGUUAUCGCACCUCGCGCUGAGUAAAAAGUACCAAGUGUCGCGUUACUUUUCGCAUGCACUGUUUCCGCGCUGCUGUUGGAAAAUCAAUACAGGCUUUCCAAUUCACGACGGCUUGUGGCAGGGCCACAGUGAAACCGAAGCGACUAGUUCUGCACGUUUUCAAGUUACAUUCAAAGAAACCAUAAGAUGUUAAAUCGAAUAAUAUUUAUAUUUAUACGUUCCUAGCACUUUUUUAAUAAA